AUGGCUGAGAUGAAGAAUAUGAUGAUCACCCACUUCAGCAAUCUAGCAUUGGGACAACAACCCACACAGGUGAAUGCAGUUCAACAUCCACCAACUUGGUGUGAGAUCUGCGGAGGUGGUGAUCAUAGUGCAAAGAAUCUGGAGAAGCAAUUCGGGCAGUUUGCUAGUGCCCAGAACUCAAGACCGCAAGGAGGUUUGUCGGGAAACACUGAUCCAAAUCCCAAGCAAGUAAAUGCGGUGGGUACUCACAGUGGUUUGCAAUUGGAAGAGUUAGCUCCUAAGAAAAGAAACACUAAAGUUGUGAUGAAAGAUAGUGAACCCAAGGAGAGCGAAGUUGUUGUACAAGAAGAACGAGUGCAACCAAUAGUGAAACCACCUCCUCCAUUCCCUCAAAAGUUUAAGAAACAGAAGGAGGAUGAAUGUUUUGGUAAGUUUUUCUCUCUUUUGAAACAAGUUCACAUUAACUUGCCAUUGGUAGAUGUUUUGCAGGGUAUACCUAGGUAUGCUAAAUAUGUGAAGGAGAUUCUGGCAAAUAAAAGGAGGCUGACUGAAUAUGAGAUCAUUGCACUUACUGAAGAGUGCAGCUCCAGAGUCCAAAAUAAGUUACCCACUAAACUGAAAGAUUCGGGUAGCUUUACGGUUCAUAUUACUAUAGGGCAAAGCAUUCAUGCGCGAGGAUUAUGUGAUCUAGGAUCUAGUAUCAAUUUGAUGCUAACUUCUUUGUACAAAAAGUUGGGGUUGAGUAGUCCUAAACCUACUACCAUCAUCUUACAGUUGGCUGAUAGAUCUGUUGCUAGGUCUGAGGACUUUGUUAUGCUGAAUUUUGAGCCAGAUCCUAAGUUCCCAUUCAUCUUAGGAAGACCUUUCUUGGCUACUGGGCGGGCUAUGAUAGAUAUAGCAGCUGGGCAACUCACUAUGCGGGACCAUGAUAAAGUGGAGGUGUUCGAUGUGUACAAAGCAUUAAAGCUGCCAGUUGUUUAUGGAAAGUUAUCUACCAUAACUGUGAUAGAUCUUAAGGCAGAGGCUUGA